AUGAUUCAGAAUGCCAUGCCUAUCACUCAGUUUGUCAUUAUUAAUAUUAACUUAUGUCAAACAAAUCCAAAAUAAUAAAUUUGUUUUAGACAGUAAACGAAUUUUAUGGUUAGAACAUUAAUAUUAGAUUGAAUAUUUGUAAAUAGAAUUUUCUUCGCAUACAUCUCUCAACUUUUUAAGUGUGUAAGGUAUUGGCGUAUUGCCGUAAAUAUGACUGUAAACAGUACUAUUGCUCACCAACGCUUAAUAUUGAGCGGCGACCGGGAAAGAUUUAAAGAACUCUUGAGGCGUAGAUUAAUUGAAUGUGGAUGGAGAGAUCAAGUAAGAAUGUUGUGCCGAGAAGUUGUUAAAGAAAAUGAAGGCAGCAAUAUAACUUUUGACAUGUUAUUAACUAGAGUUACUCCUCGGGCUAGAGCUAUUGUUCCUGAUUCAGUAAAAAAGGAAUUAUUAUUGAAACUAAAAACCCAUCUUCUCACCCAAAAAGAGCAAUAAUAGAUAUGACCUUUUCAAGAUUUAUUUCUGUACACAUUAUAAUUUGUCAUUAAAUCAUAUAAUCAGAGAUUAUAAUAAAAUUGCAAAUUUACACAUA